UGGCAAUAUCGCUUUUUGUCUGGUCGGCUGGUCGGCUGUCGGCUGUUCAUGAGUAGCAAUUUAAUUAUUUUCAUUAUUUUUGUCUUUUGAGAAGUAUAUUAUGGAAGAUUAUUUCGAAUCUUUUCCUAUAGAAAUAAAAAAAUGGGAUAUCCUUAGGGCUAUGCACAUGACUGACCUUAAUUUUGAUGUUAGAAAACGAAAGGAUCAUGGCAAUAAAAAAACAAUACCGAAUGUACAACUACUUCCAAGACAAAAUGUUACCUUAUACGGGACAAUGCCCAAAAUGGAGCAGAGAAUAUUUACAAAAUGUAAAGAGUGUAGGCUAGUUUUUAAUCCUAGGAACAUUAUGACACAUAAAGUUUGCCCGGAAAGGUUUCAUUCCUCAACAUCGGAUAGUUCCCAAAAGGAUAGCAAAACCAAAGGAAAUUCAUCGAGAAAAUCCCAUUCCUAUCUACCACCUCUGUUUAAGGUGAGCAAAACUAAAUCUCCAUCCCCGUCAGUUAGCAUUCCAGAUUUAUCGCAAUGUAAAGUAUCGCCGAAAAUGUCCAAGAGUUUGCCGCUAUCGUCGCCCUCGACGCUGACUAAUUCGAAUAAAUCCGAAACGAGACUGUCGCCGUCGAGCAACUUCUCGAAAGUCAACUCCCACUCGCCCAGAUCCUCGCUGAAGACCUCUCUGAAAUCGGCGCAGUCGGACAGCAACUGCAGCAGCACGAGCAGCACCAGCAGCAGGCACAAGAAGAGCAGGAAGAGCAGCAGCAGCAACAACGCCAAGGUCACAGAAGAGUUCGAUCCCAACGUGCAUUGCGGAGUCGUCGAGGGCAACAGCGGCCCCUGCACUAGAUCCAUAACCUGCAACAAUCACAGGGUGCAAUCGAGGAAAUCCGCGUCGAGCCAGCUGAUAACGAAGAGGACGCCUGGCAAAGAGAAAGAGCCGAUGCACGGCUCUAAUUGUUCCUAUACGACCCCAAAUGGCCAGCCAGACGAAGCAAAAGACUCUUUUUCUCAAAAUACUACCUACGCACCCGUUGCAGGUGUGCUCUCAAGCGCAAAUGAACUCCUGGAGACCAACCACAGCCAGCCGCCAGUGUUAACCAAAAUUAGUGAACCGAAACAAACGUUUAUUAGACAAACUACCUCAGUUGUUGUCGCUAAGCAACCUAUCUUGACUGAUACCGAGAAUGGUAAUACAAAAACUUUGAAUAAUAACUACAUUAUGAAUAAGCAUUCGAAAGACAGUGAUAUCGGAUCUGUUCCUUUAGUUUAUAUGCCAAUGGGCCUAAUAUCGUUUGUACAUAUAGGAAAAAGCGUCAUUUGUUUGGAAUCGCAGAAGAACCAGCUUCAGAACCCUCCCGUGACGAAUCAAUCGUUGUACCUCGCACUGCCCAACCAGCAUUCGAACAUAAAAAUGUACAAGUCGCACCCGAAACCCGUCGCAGUGCCAAACUACGGAACGAAAAAAGUCCGUGGGGCCCUUUUGCUGUCGAAUCGACGCUUGAAAUGUCAAAGAGACGAUAUACUGAAGGCCAUAACCCCCAAGCGUAGGUUAAUUAACAAUACUCAGCUAACCCGUGAUUUAUUUACUAGUAAAUACCCGACGCAGAACGAUGGGUACUAGCGAACUGCAUUAUAAAAAUGAACUACUUGUGAUAGCAAACAAAUGAGGCUGACUUAACUUAGUGGGGUGUCAAUCAGUUGAAGCGAGUCCACCUCAUGCGAUGCCGAAGAAGCGAGACACACGAUCGCGACUCUCUAAUUAUGACAGGUGCUUGGUUUUUUU